CAGAGAAUUCUCUUGAAUUCACGUUUCCUCUCAAAAGAAAAUCAAUAGAUCCAAUCCAAUCCAGCUUCAUCCAUGGCGGAAGAACAACCGUGUCAAGCUCCUGAAGGCCACCGUCUCUGCGCCAACAACUGCGGCAUCCUCGGUAACCCGGCCACCAUGAACCUCUGCUCCAAAUGCUACGGUGAUAUUCGGUUGAAGAAUCAACAAGACGCUUCCACCAAAUCCACCAUCGAAAAUGCCCUCUCAUCUUCUUCCUCCGUCGCCGCCGCCGUCGCAUCCAUCGCCUCACCGCCGCUUUCCACGUCAGAGCCAGUCGUUGUUUCCGCCGAAUCUAUCAUCUCCACGUCGGCUUUAACAGAGAUCGCGUCGAGUUCGGUUACCGUAACCGCAACCACAUGUUCGGUUUCUGUUACGGUUCAACCGAACCGGUGUUUGAGUUGUAGAAAGCGCGUGGGGUUGACCGGGUUUAAGUGCAAGUGCGGGUCGAUGUUUUGUGGGACCCACAGAUACCCAGAGAGACACGGUUGUGGAUUUGAUUUUAAAACGGUGGGGAGGGAGGAAAUAGCGAGAGCGAACCCUUUGAUAAGAGCGGAGAAGCUGCAGAGGAUAUGAAUCAAUCUUGGCUGUUGGAUGAGAUGUGGGACCAUGUGUUUGUAUUAGAUGAUCGCGGUCGUCCACGUGGACCGUCGCACAAUGAGAUCAUAUUUAUAUGUAUGAUUAUUAUUGUUAUUAUGUAAAAUGUAUGAUUUUUCUGAUAAUGAUUUUAUGAUUUGAGAUUACAACUGGUUUGUCUUUGCCUUGAAUGAGUUUGAUUGGAUUAAAAGUUUUGAGUUUCUGAACCCAAGGGUGUUUCUGGAUAAAAUAUAUAGCAGGGGUCAAUAAUUGUUGUUAUGUAUACAGUAUAUUUAAAUAAGAUGUCAUA